AAGAUAACAAAGUUAUACUUAAUGAUUUACUAGAAAAGAGUGUACCUGGGGAAAAUAAUCUUGCUAUUAACCCUGAAGAUAUACGAUGUAAAUGGUCUAUCCGAUACUCGAGUAAAACAUUAAUUGUUAAACAAUGCAUAUGUGGAAGUUAUCGUGAAAAAGUAGUUGUACCUGGUUCUCGAGUUUCAACAGCUCGCUAUCCCUAUGUAGGGUGUCUUGCAUUUGUUACAAUUUCUCUUUGCAAUGAUGAAAUUUGUGGCAUUGCAGGGUAUCUGGAACAUUCUAAUCAAUGUAUAAUUUCUCAGCCGCAUAAUGACCCUCAGUAUAAGCUCCUACCAUAUAUAAAGAAAAGUGUAGAAAAUUUAUUGAGCCUUAAUGUAAGAACUUCAGAUAUUCUUGCUCAAAAUGCAAGAAUCGUGAAAAAUGUCUUUAAAAAUC